AAAUAAUAAACAAAAUCCAACAAAAUUUCGAACAGAAGGCUUGUUGCUUGAUCAAUAAUAAAAGAAGUGUUUUUUUUUCCAAAAAUAUAAAAAAACAAAUCUUUAAUUAAAUAAAAAUGUCUUACACCAACUGGUUAAAAGAUAUACGCGAUGCAGAAAAAAAUUCCAUGAUCAGCGGCAGAGUACGCAAAGUAUUUUACAAAUUCGUCGAUGGUCGCCAAAUGGCUGAAGAAUACAGCCUAGAUACAGGAGUUAUUCAGAAAAGAGCAUGGAAAAAAUCAAAAAAUCUCAUGGGUGAAGCCGAUUGGGAGCUUGAACUCGGUGAAGUGCCUAACCUAAAACUCAAUACAGAAAAUCCCGAUGAAGGUUUUAUUGUGCGCCAGAGUGAAACCGAACCAAUUCUAUCAAAACGUGUCACCAAACACAAUAUUGAAUGGAGGAUCCGAAAUUUGCCACACCCAAUCGAAACGUAUCAAGUUACAGCUGACGAAACAAAAAGGGCAAUAAUAGUUCGCACAACAAACAAAAAGUACUACAAAACUAUUGAAGUUCCCGAACUUGAGAGAUGCAGUCUGCUACCUGAACAAGACAACAUUUCAAUCCACCAUCAGUACAACACGUUGAUAAUCACGUACAAAAAGCCACAGCUCUUGUGCGAAAUGGAGGCACAGGUUCUGUUGAUUCUUAAGGAUGUUGAGACCGAAACUGAUAUGGAAGAAAUGUUGCAGGGACUUUUGGCUAAAUAGAAUUAAAACAAAACUUAAUAGAAUAAUAAAGAUAAAUUUAUUUUUCAAUCAA